AUGGCAGGAGCAUCCGCUCCAAUCAAGCAAAAAGUCACGGCGGCUAUGAAGAGCACCACCACCGGGACCUUACCUAGAAGCGACAGUACAUGCGGUGGUGAUGAACUGAACUGUAGUUUCUUCAAUUUAGCUAAAAACCUGUCCAAUAAUGACAAUAUUCCAGGACCUGAAGUUCGUCCAGUACAGGACUGGAGAAGACCUACCACAGUGUAUAUUGACCUGAGUUUGUAUACUGUUGUCAGCUUGGACACAAGUCUUCAAUCUUUAGUAACCUAUAUCUGGUUCAGUAUGGAAUGGGAAAAUGAAUUCAUAAAGUGGGAACCAGAAGACUUUUGCAAAAUUAAGAACAUGGUGAUUCCUGGUGAAAAGUUUUGGCAACCAGACCUAUACAUCUAUGAAAUGAUUGAAAAUGAGGAUAAGUCUCCAGUGAUUUCCUACUUCCUUAUCCACUCCAAUGGGUUAAUCUUGGAUACAAAGCCAAUACGAAUUGUUAGUGCCUGUGAUCUAAAUGUCUUCAAGUUUCCAUUUGACAAACAGACCUGUAAUUUGACUUUUGGCUCCUAUCUACAUUCUGUUAAAGACAUCAUCAUGUUGCCGAAACUCAACUCAUCUCAAGUGAACAUAAACACACGAAAGGUAUUUGUCAGUAAAGGAGACUGGAGCCUGUUGGACAUCAGUGUAUCAAACACGACAUAUUGGACUGGAGGACAAGAGUUUAGCAAAGUGAUCUUCCAGAUUAACAUAAAGCGAUCCUCUGUGGUCUACGUUAUAAACCUCAUCAUCCCAGCUUGCUUCUUGGUCAUUAUGGAUAUUGUUAGUAUGUUCAUACAUAUUGGAACUGGAGAGAGACUUGGGUUUAAAAUUACAGUGGUGCUGGGCUUCUCUGUGCUUCUGUUGAUUCUGAAUGACAUGCUCCCCAGUUCAGACACUCCCGCUGUUUUAGGAAUAUUCUGCUGCGUUUGUCUUGCGGUCAUGGUGUUUAGUACGAUUGGCUCUGUUGCUACCUCCUACAUGUUAAUGUUGUCUGAAUCUCAACCAAGCGCUCCAGCCUGGAUACAAAUGUGGAUCAUGAGACGUUUAGCACGUGUUCUGUUUUUUAAAGUAAAGAGCCCCAAAACAGAUAUGGUUUCUAUCAAAGAUGCCACUAGUGAUGGAAAGAAGGAUGAGAAUGUUCCUGACCUCCUGGAGAAGAAGGUUCUCCAAAAGGAAAAAGAUUCACUGGAAGUAAAAUUGCUAAAAAGGCUGCUCUUUGAAAUUCUACAAAUCCAUAAAGAGCUUACCCUAUCUCGAGAUACGACUGAUACCAAGUCAGAUUGGUGCAUUGCGGCCAUGAUUGUGGACAGGCUGGUCUUCAUACUAUACCUGUUAAUCGUCAUAGUCAUGUUUGCAGUGGUCAUCUGUGUUUGGGUCACGUGAUACAUUCUACGCAAAACCUCAAGAUCAUCCAUAUGUGUUCAUUUCCUUCUAUAAUUAAUACAACUUCUUAGAACUGUGGCAGGUUUUACACUAUGUGUAUCUUCUUACUAUGCAAAUAUUUUCUU